AUGCAUUGCGAUUCCGCGACCGCGAGCGAGGCGACGGUAGACGCCAACUUCACCGCGCGCGCGUUCCGUCUCGCCGAGCGCGAGGCUCGCGCGCGCGACAAAACGUUCACGCCCAAGGCUGCGCACGCGCUCGGCGCGCUGUCGCUCGAAUUUUUAAAAUCAUCCGCCGCCGACGUGCGCGCGUACGCCGCCCACGCGUCUCGCGACGUCAUCACGCGCGAAGACGUCGGGUUACGCGCGAGACGCGCGUCGGAGAUCACGCGCGUCGUCGCCGAGCGACGCGCCGACGCCGACGCCGACGCGUGA